ACUUGAAGUUGUAGUAGUACUAUCAACAAAAAUAAAUAUUCCAAUCCCAACAAAAAAGGAAAUGCUGACGUGCACGCUUUCUAUUGGACCAAUCAGAAAAGCGUUGAACUUCUCUGUCCGAAAUUCUCAUCUUUUCUUCUCCACGCACGCCACGCUACUUGUCUCUGGUUAGGGUUCUUUCUUCGCUUUCCGUUCACCCUCUCCCCCUCGCCGGCGGCCGCUCACCAAACUCUAUUUUCCGAUCAUAUCCAAUUCCGGUUAUCUCAGUUCCCUAUUCAAACUCUACCACCUCUUUCAAUUUCGAACUCGUGUCUACUAGCUCUAUCCUCUAUUCCAGUUUCUCUGGUUUUAAUUUAUCAAUCGUUUUGAUCCUCUGUAUCGGGUUUUGUUCGGUGUAAGCGAUUGGAGUGAAGUAGAGUAGAAGGGAAAAUGGCGAGUCGAAGGAGUAGUACGUCUUCCCGGAGAGUAUCCGAGUCUGGAGCAGCUCGAAAAUCGAUUUCGUCUUUGCGUCCUAUCGGGUUAACAGGGGAGCGGACAGUGAAAUCACUGCGACUUUCAAGGGCCUUGACAGUACCCGAAACAACAACUAUAUAUGAAGCUUGUCGUCGGAUGGCUGCCCGUAGGGUGGAUGCUCUACUACUAACCGACUCUAAUGGUUUGCUUUGUGGAAUCCUCACAGCCAAGGAUAUAUCAACAAAAGUUGUUGCCCAAGAGGUUAAUCCUGAAGAGACACCUGUUUCCAAGGUUAUGACAAGGAAUCCGUCAUUUGUCCUUUCUGAAACUCUUGCGGUGGAAGCCCUCCAAAAGAUGGUGCAAGGGAAAUUUAGGCAUCUACCUGUGGUGGAGAAUGGAGAAGUUUUGGCUUUACUCGAUAUCACAAAGUGUUUGUAUGAUGCCAUAGCACGAAUGGAGAGGGCUGCUGAGAAAGGUAAAGCAAUUGCAGCAGCUGUUGAAGGAGUUGAAAAACAUUGGGGAUCAACUAAUUCUGACUCUAAUUCAUCAUUCAUUGAGGCUCUUCGGGAACAGAUAUUCAAACCAUCAUUGUCCACAAUCUUUCCUGAGAAUUCAAAGAUGGUAAAAGUUGCACCAACAGACUCAGUUUUGAUGACAACAAAGAAGAUGGUUGAGCUUCAUGCAAGUUGUGCUGUUGUGACUAUUGAUGGCAAGCCCCAAGGCAUCGUUACUUCAAAGGAUAUCUUGAUGCGGGUAAUUGCACAAAAUCUUCCACCAUCAUCGACUCCUGUUGAGAAGGUUAUGACUCCAAAUCCAGAAUGCACAGUAAUUGAUACACCAAUUGUCGAUGCACUUCAUAUUAUGCAUGAUGGAAAAUUUUUACAUCUUCCAGUGGUUAAUAAAGAUGGACAUGUUGUUGCUGUGGUUGAUGUGAUUCAUGUGACUCAUGCUGCUGUGGCUACAGUUAGUCAGGUCGGAAACAACGAAGUUGGCACCUCCCUGAUGCACAGAUUUUGGGAUUCAGCAAUGGCCUUAUCUCCAAAUGACGAUGAUGACGAAACACGGAGUGAGAACUCCUUCAAAAUAGGUUCUGAUGGAGGAGAGACAGGGAGAUCGAUUCCUUAUUCUCCUGCAAGCAUGCCCUAUACAUUUUCCUUCAAAGUACAAGAUAAGAAGGGCAGAAUGCAUAGAUUCACAUGUGAUACCCGGAGCAUGACGGAGGUUAUAUCUUCAAUCCUUCAGAGACUUGGUACUGAUAUUGACCCUAACAAUCUGCCCCAAAUUCUGUAUGAAGAUGAAGAUCACGAUAAAGUUGUGUUGGCUACAGACAGUGAUCUUGCCGCAGCUGUGGACCAUGCAAGGACAACUGGUUUGAAGGGAUUGAAAUUGUAUUUAGACUACGAAGGAGUUGAUGGUAAAAGGAAAGGUUCACAUUCAGGAAGUUUAGACCAUGCAUAUUCAGAUGCAUGGGCCUCAGCGUAUAGUGGUGCUGCUGCUGGAGCUGCUCUCGUUGCUGGUUUAGGCCUGUUAACAUACUUGAAGCGGGCAUGAGGGAGGAAACAAGUUUUUUUGCUGGUAUAGUAAGUCCAAGCGAAAGCAAACAGAACUUUGGACCAUAAUUAUAAUCUGGACUUUUAUACAACUACAUUAUUUUUUAUACCAGAAAAAGGUUAAAGCAUUUUUUUCCAGGCUGGUUAUUGUAUACGUCUCCCUUGCUGUAUACUUGUAAUUUUAGGUUUCGUAACCUCAUCGCGUAUUUGCCGAGGUUGUGUACAAGAAUAAACUAUUCUUCUGACCUUGAGUUUAUAAAAUCAAUUGAUUAGGAUUGAAUUA